CCACCGCCCUCUUUGCAAAGACCUGCUGGCAUAGUAACCCCAGCGGCUAGGCGGGAGAGAGUGUUCAUCACAUACUCCAACGACAGCCAGCAGCACCUAUCCGCGGUUCUCAGGAUGGCCCGGCACCUGUUCUAUCAAGGCGGCUACUUCGUGGAAGUGGACAUGUUUCAGCGGCACUUCAUGGCGACGAACAAGACGGCGUGGCUGGAUGAUAAAGUUGAAAACUCUGAUUUCAUCAUCGUGGUGUGCAGCCCGAAGUACCGGCGGGAUGUGGACGGUCAGGGCCCGCACGAGGACGACGACCACGGCCUGAACACCCGGUACAUCAACACGGCCAUGCAGACCAUCUAUCUGGAGAACAAGUGCAUCAACUAUAAAGUCAUCCCAGUCCUCUUAGACGGGUACUCCAGAGAGACGUGUCCGCGCUGGCUUCGCAACACCACCCUGUACCGCUGGCCACGUGACGUGCAGGACAUCAUGUGCCGGCUCAGACGGGAGGAGAGGUACAAGAUGCCCGUCAUCGGCCGGCGACCAGUCAUAACCGUCAGGAGGGAUUAUUCUUAGGGAU